AUGGCGCUAAAGGCUGCGUGCCCUCCCCAGAGCGACGACUCGGACAUCUGGGACGACACGGCCCUCAUCAAGGCGUACGACAAGGCGGUGGCCUCCUUCAAGAACGCCUUAAAGAAUGGGGAGUGCUCGGAGCCUUCAGACAAGCAGGAGCAGCGCAUGCUGAUAAAAAGAAAAAACCACAAGAAGAACAGAAAUAGAAACAAGAGCAAUACAGCGCCUUUGAAACAGUGGAAGGUUGGUGACAGCUGCAGUGCUGUUUGGUCUGAGGAUGGUAAUUUGUAUCUAGCAACUAUUGCCUCCAUCAACCAGAAGAGAGGCACAUGUGUGGUCACUUACACGGGAUAUGGAAAUCAGGAGGAGCAGAACCUGUCUGAUCUACUUCCUCCAACCAGCGAUGAAACAGUAAAUGAGAUGGGACAUUCUGGGGAGAAUGAAAAUGAGACUCCAUAUUCAACAGAUGAAAGUGAAAAAUCUUCCCAGUCAUCUCGAAACAAAAACAACUACACAAAACCAAGAUUUUCCCCUCAAAACCUGAGAUUUCCCACACCACCACCACCAGUCCCAGGCCUAGGAAAGUCUGGAUCAAAAUUCAAGGCACCUCCACCAUUUUUAUCUUGCUGGCCCCCACCCUUCCCAGCAGGACCACCAUUGAUUCCUCCUCCACCACCCAUGAGGCCAGACACUGCUGAGGAUGAUGAAGCAUUGGGGAGCAUGUUGAUAGCCUGGUACAUGAGUGGUUACCACACUGGAUAUUACCUGGUACGUGCUGCUGUGGUUUGGAAGUGUCUUGGUAAUUUUGCACUGCUUUUGGUGCUCCUGUUUGCAGCAAGAAGCCAUACGGGGAGGGAUGCUUUUUAGGUGUCCUAUUCUAAUUUACAGUUGCUACAUUUAAAGGUGUUUUGUAUUGUAUAAGUAUUGUCAUUGAGUAGAAUUCACAUGAGCCGGCAUAUAUAUUAUUUUUAUAUAUAUAUUUAGUUGAUGUUUUAGUACUUUGUUUUACUGUCAGGCACUUUUGUAGCCACUGUUUUACAGCCAUUCUAAAACAACCAAUUCUUUCUUUGUUGAGAGGUGGAGUAAAUAAGUUUAUUUUUCAAUACUCUUCUGUGUAUUUGCUUUCAGUAUGAGUGGUAGUAUCACAUUUGAGAUCAGAUUUGGCACUUUUGCUGAGAUUGUUCAUCAGUAAUUGUUUCAUGUCAUUGUGAAGGUCCAGUAGAAACUGUCAGCAUAAUUGUGAAAGUCUGUGACCAGUAUUAUUGGUUCGUAUUUUCAUCUGGGCACUUAGGAAGAAAGAAAAUGACACAAUGAACUCUGCACUCAGGAAGUUGGAAAGGGAGGAUUUGGUGGUUCAGAUUAUACAUAACUGUGGAUUGCUUUAAUUUACUUUCAACUGAACAAGAAGUAUAUAUUUGAAAUUAUAAAGAAGAUUUGAAGUUUGGCUUUUAUUGUUUUUAAACUGCCCAUUCUUAUUUCCAAAGAAAGUUAAAAACUCUUCAUGGUUUGUAGAGGACCGAAAAAGAUUGCACAGAAAAGUUUUUGUUCUGCAGCCAAAGCUUUUAUCUGCAUAUUGGCAAGCUGAGA